AUGCGGUUCUUCUCGGCCAUUUUUGUAGUCUUUUUGAUUUUGGGAAUAUUCGAGGCCGCCCCUUCAAAAAAAUGUCCAGAAAAUGAAGAAUUCAAAGAGUGUGGAACUGCUUGCGAGGCCAACUGCUUCCAAGGAACAAUUAUGUUCUGCACACUUCAAUGCAUUGUGAAUGUAUGCCAAUGCAAGCCAGGAUUCUACAGGAACGCCGACAAAAAUAUCAAGUUUUUAUUGAGAAUGAAGGUUGCUGAUACUUCGGAAAAUGUGUUCACCAGAAGUCUCAGCAUAACCUCGCGAACAGUCACUACCAAUGCGGGAUUUGUGCGAAAUGCCUUUGCCAAAAUAAGACCCUACUUGGGUUUCUCUGCAUUUGUUCUAUUCUUAUUGAUUUAUCAUGGGUAUUUAAUCGCUGCGGGAAUUCAUAAUUAUCAAAAAGCGGCCCCCUUAAUUUACGUAACUGUUUUUCUAUGGGCCUGCUUUGCGCUGAAUUUAGUCACAAAAACACCAAUUUUCAAGCAUUACUAUUCAAUUUUGGAGCAAAUUCUGACAAACUUUGCUAAUCAGCGGAGAUUCAUACCAAUAUCAAUUCGAAUUGCGAUAAUACUUGGACUCAUUGCAUACACAAUUGUUACAUGCCGAAAUGAAUGGUCCAGAUUGAGUGGUCUUUUCGGAUAUGUCUUCUUUAUUAUAUUUAUGAUUUUGAUAUCGAAUAAUAGAACAAAAAUAAAUUUUUCAAUAGUGAGCAAUGCUUUCAUCUUCCACUAUGUUCUUGCCAUUAUCAUUUUGCAAUGGUCGACCGGUCAAUGGUUUUUCCAACAAUUAGCUCAAUUAAUCGUCGGACUACUUGAAUUUGCUCAAGUUGGAGCGAAGUUUGUAUUCGGAUUUAUUGCCGAUCCGCCAAAUAUCUGCGAUCUUCGUCCCGUCUUUAUAUUUACGUCCCUUCAAACAUUAAUCUACUUCGGAGCAAUAGUCUCUUUAUUAUUUCAUUUUGGAAUUAUCCAGUCAACCCUAUCAAAAACCCGCUGGUUUAUGAAGGUAUUAAUUGGAACGACAGCUGUCGAAUCUGUCAACGCAUGGGCAUGCACCUUUUUGGGAAUGAGCGAAGGUCCUUUGUUGAUCGCUCCAUAUGCUGAUAAGCUAACAGAUUCUGAAAUGUUCGCUGUCGUCACCAGUGGAUUCGCAUGCGUUGCUGGAACUGUUUUCGCCGCCUACAUUGCUCUCGGAGCCUGUCCAAUCUAUCUGCUUACAUCCUCAUUAUUAUCAGCGCCAUGUUCUCUUGGUUGUUCGAAACUCAUGUACCCGGAAACCGAAGAGACCAAGAUUAACGACGACGGGUUUGAAUUGAAACAUGAAAAUGACAAUAAAUCGGUAAUCGAUUGUAUCUGCUCGGGAGGAGUUUCACUUAUUCCGGUCGUGUCGACGAUUGGAGCAUGCUUGGUCGUCAUCAUGUCUCUUUUGGCACUUCUCGAUAAUAUUAUGUAUUACAUCGGAGAUUUAAUUGGCUUCGAAGGAUGGAGUUUUCAGAUGUUAUUCGGGUACGUAUUCUUUCCACUCGCCUUUAUGAUGGGAGUAAACUACGAUGUUCAUCAAACGCUAUUAGUUGCACAAUUAAUGGGAACAAAAACUGCUGUUAAUGAAUUUGUAGCAUAUGAUACUCUUGGAAAACUACAAGCAAAUAAUGAAUUACUACCUAAAUCAGUGUUGAUAGCGACAUAUGCAAUUUGUGGAUUCGCAAAUUUCGCUUCAAUGGGAAUGCAAAUCGAAUUUCUUGGCGCAAUUGCACCAAAAAAGAAGCAGUUUAUUAGUCGAACCGUAUUUCAGUCUUUAAUUGCUGGCUCAAUUGCAACAUUUUUAAACGCAACCAUAGCUGGCAUUUUGGUUGAAAAUCCGAUCAUUUGCAAACCACCGUCAUCAAAUUCGACCUGCUUCCGAAUUCCGAGCUGA